UGCGUCAGCGAUCAAGUUCUAUCUCUAUAAAAUUUAACUGUGUCAAGCUACACGCCGCUUCUGUUUUAUGUGGCUCUAAAAAUGGGUUUUGGUGAUCUUAAAACUGAUGCUGGAUUAAAAUCCUUAAAUUCCUUUCUUGCAGAUAAAAGUUAUAUAGAUGGAUUUACUCCCUCACAAGCUGAUGCUGUAGUUUUUCAAGCACUGUCUUCUGCUCCAGACUCAUCACAUGCACACAUUUUAAGAUGGUACAAACAUCUUCAGUCAUAUUCAACUCAAGAUCGGGAUGGAUUUAAAGGUCAAAAGAAGGCAAUUACUGAAUAUGGUCCUAGAGGCAACGAACAAGCUGGAAAAGCUGAUGAUGAUUUUGAUUUGUUCGAUGAUGACGAUGAUGAUGAAGAGGAAGAGGAGACCGAGGAACAAAAGAAAGUUAAGGAAGAACGACUGGCUGCUUAUUACGCUAAAAAAUCGAAAAAACCUACCGUAGUUGCAAAAUCAUCUCUCCUUCUUGACGUCAAACCGUGGGAUGAUGAAACUGAUGUUAAGAAAAUGGAAGAAUGUGUUCGAUCCAUUAAAGCUGAUGGACUUCUUUGGGGACAGGCUAAAUAUAUUCCCAUUGCGUAUGGUAUUAAAAAGUUGCAAAUCAACUGUGUAAUCGAAGACGACAAGAUUAGCACAGACUUUCUGGAAGAAGAGAUCACGAAAUUCGAAGAUUACGUACAAUCCAUGGAUAUCGCCGCAUUUAACAAAAUUUAAUCACGAAAUACACAAAUGACGUUCUGUUGA